UCAUGUGUUUACAUGUGUAAAUAUAUUCUGUGAUUCUAAAUUUUUUUUGUGUUUCAUUCAAAGUUCUUUACAUUAAAAAAUGAAAAUGUCCACUGGUGAUAAUAAUAAUGCUAAUUCUGAAAUUAUCGAACCAAGAUCAUAUACACUUGAAAAAGGUGAAGAACUUCGUUUCGAAGUUGAAAAUGAAUCUGUUCAAUGUCAAUUGAUUGAAGGUAAAGCCGAAUUGUUUGGAACCGAGCUACGUUUGGAACAAAAAUAUACGUUUCAAAAAGGUGCUAAAGUAGCAGUUUUUACUUUUCAUGGCUGUAAAUUGAAACUGUAUGGAUCACCCGAAGUUGAGUAUGUGGCUAGCGAAACACCCAUGACUAUUUAUCUAAAUCUGGACAAUUCAUUGGAAGGUUUACGAGUCACUGCCAUUAAAGAAGAUAAAUAUGGUCCAAAUGUUCUUGUUGCCGGGCCGGUGGACGUAGGAAAAACUACUUUUUGUCGGAUAUUACUAAACUACGCUGUACGUCAUGACCGUACACCAAUCUAUGUUGAUCUGGAUCUUGGCCAAGGUUCAUUGACUCUUCCGGGCAAUAUUAGUGCUGUGGUGAUUGAGAAACCUGCCGAUAUUGAAGAUUCAUUUCAUAUCACGGCACCGAUUGCAUUUCAUUAUGGUCACUUGACACAAAGUAAAAAUACUAGUUUAUACAAUAUUAUCAUGAAAUCUUUGGCCGAAGUUGUUGAAUGUAAAAAAACCAAUGAACCAUCGACCAAAUAUUCUGGCACAAUUGUCAAUACAUCGGGAUGGGUACAAGGAUAUGGCUAUCAAUCUAUUUUACAAGCUAUUGAACAUUUUCGCAUCGAUAUUGUUCUUGUACUUGAUCAGGAACGAUUGUAUAGUGAAUUAGUGAGAGAUUUGAAAUCGAAACAAGGAAUCAAAGUGUUGCUUAUACCUAAAAGUGGUGGUGUAGUUAGCCGUUCUCGUGAAUUUCGUGCCGAAAUGCGUGAUCAAAAGAUUCGAAGCUAUUUUUACGGAACAACAACAAAACCUUUCUAUCCAUAUUCAUUUGAUAUUCCAUUCGCACAGUUUACGGCCUAUAAAAUUGGCUCACCUAACCUACCAGAUUCGUGUAUGCCUAUCGGUAUGAAAUCGACAGAUAAUUCGACUAAAUUAAUACCCGUACAACCAUCAUCAUCAUCAUCAUCAUCAAUAUUGAAUCAUAUAUUUUCAAUCUCAUGUUCAACAACUGAACAAGAUAUAGACAAAGUCAUUACAACCAACAUAUAUGGAUUUAUUGCUGUGACCCAAGUUCAUAUGGAUCGACAAGUAGCAACAUAUAAAUGUUAUUCAGUAUCAAUGUUGCCGGAUGAACGACAGAAUCUGGAAAAAGGUGGUAAAAUCAUAAUGCCACCAUCGGCUCUUCAUACGCUUACACGUUUAAAUACGGUUUAUCCAAUGUUAUUUAAGCUGACGAAUAAGGAUAAAAAUCGUCACACACAUUCUGGCGUGUUGGAAUUCAUAGCUGAAGAGGGUAAAGUUUAUCUACCAUAUUGGAUGAUGCGUAACCUAUUAUUGGAUGAAGGAUCAAUGUUACAUGUACAAAGUGUAUCGUUACCUGUGGCUACAUUUUCAAAAUUUCAACCACAAAGUGUCGAUUUUCUGGAUAUUCAUAAUCCAAAAGCUGUACUGGAAAAUGCAUUACGAAAUUUUGCCUGUCUAACCACUGGUGAUGUCAUUGCGAUUAAUUACAACAAUAAAGUUUAUGAAUUAAGCGUUCUGGAAACCAGACCCGGUCCAGCAGUUAGUAUUAUCGAAUGUGAUAUGAAUGUGGAAUUUGAAGCACCAAUUGGUUAUCAAGAACCUACUCGACAGAACCAGAAAACUGGUUCAGACCAAAACAAUCCAAUGGCUGAUGAUAAUGAUGUAACUAUGAUUGAAGAUCCGAAACAAUUGCAACAAAAUCCAUUCUCUGGUAAAGGUAAUCGUUUGGAUGGAAAAAUGCCCAAAGAAACUAUAACUACAACUAAUCCUGUACCAAGAGAAAUGGCCAGAGGUGCACCUGAUUAUAAUUAUCAAAUUGGAACGAUAAAAUUUUGGAGACUAAACAAUCGGCCAGCUAAAUCGUCAUCAUCAUCCAACACACAAACAUCAACAGUCGAUGAUAAAAACAAUGCAUUCAAACCGUUCAUCGGUGAAGGACAGACAUUAUUCAAGAAAAAAAAUCCAUCUUAAAAUAAAAAAAAAGAUUUGAUAUUUUUUUAUUGAAAAUUUGAUUGA